AUGCAAACAUACACCUUGGUCAGUGCAAACGACAAUCCGUUUGACGCUGACAUUGUGGACUCCGAUGAAAACCUGCCUUCGUCUUCCCGCGUACGACGUUCGAUCUGGCUUUUCCUCCUUGGAUAUGUAUGGAAAACGGCCCUCCUAGCUAUGGCUAUUGUCGGAUGCAUCAACACACUCCGCUUAGCAUGGCCCCAGAUCAACCACAACAAUUCCAGUAUAUCCUGCUGGUGGGGGGAAUCCUUGACGGAGGCUAUGUCCCUCAACUGUAGAUUCGAUAGUAUUUUAGUAUCCUGGCUCCCAGCACGCUGUCGAGACGAUGAGCUGGCUGAGCAGUGUGACCAUGCUGGCCCGGGGCCCGACGGCUCCUGGACCUUUUAUGCAGAUGAAAACAAGACCCAGACUCUGGAUCGGAGUGGGAUUGCUGCUUUGGCUGGUUCGACGACUCAAUUUUACGCGUCACAUGAGUGGCAUGUACCCCACUGUGCAUGGUUCUGGCGGAAACAGGUGCGGGCGGCGCAGACCGGGGUCACGAUCGAAGAGAGAUUCAAGAGCGUGUGGCACGUGGAGCACUGUGAGAUGAUGUUCAAGAGGAGGGGCAGUUUGGAUGAUAUUAUUGCCCAUACAGGGGUAGCGCUGGGAGGGGACCGGAAUAUUUCCACUCAGAGGCAUCAGUGA